AUGAUGGUCGAUAUACUGGAGGAGAGAGGUCUCUCACAAGCUGACGUGAAGUGGGGAGACCCUCACAACUGUCACUUUCCUCUCUUCGACUUCCUCCGACCUCUACCUUUGGAGUGGAUGUGCCUACUCUACCUUGUAAUGUGGUUAGGUGCUGCAGGUAUAAUGCUUGGAGCAUACUUCAGGAUGAGUUGUCUAUGCUUCACACUGCCUUAUUGGUACUUGUUUCUUCUGGACAAGUCAGCUUGGAACAAUCACUCUUACCUCUAUGGUCUGCUCUCAGUCAUGUUUCUGUUCUCCUGUGCUAACUAUUGCUGGUCAAUAGAUGGAUUACUAGGCAAAUCCCCAAAGAAUGGCCAUGUGCCCCUUUGGAAUUAUGCUAUUUUGCGCUUCCAAGUAUUUAUUUUGUACUUCAUCGCUGGACUGAAAAAGUUGGAUCAAGAUUGGCUCAGUGGGUACUCCAUGAACAAUCUGGCUUCACAUUGGCUUUUCGACCCAUUCAAACUGUUUCUAUCACAAGAACAAAUUGAUUAUUGGAUUGUUCACUUUUUUGGAUUCUUUCUGGACCUAACUGUUGGGUUUUUCAUGUAUUUCGACAAAACAAGACCAGCAGCAUUAAUUUUUCUUGCAUCGUUUCACAUAAUGAACUCCAGAAUUUUUUCAAUUGGAAUGUUUCCAUAUGUGUGUUUAGCUACGAUGCCAUUAUUCUGUCACACAAACUGGCCAAGAAAAUUGUUGACAUCACUAACAAGAUUCAAGACUCUUUUAGAACCAACAAAUACAAAUGUGUGUAUUUACUCCCAAAAAAUAGAAGCAGAGCAAAAUAAAGAUGAGAGUGGUAUUAAAGGGAGCCAGAAGUUUACCUGUGCCUUGCUGUUAACCCAUGUAGCACUGCAAGGGUUCCUGCCUUAUUCCCACUUUCUUACACAGGGUUACAACAACUGGACCAAUGGCUUGUACGGUUACUCCUGGGACAUGAUGGUGCACAGUUGGGAGACCAUCCUUAUUGUGGUCAGAGUUGUUAAUAAAGACACAGGGGAAGAACAUUUUCUCGAUCCUCAGGCAUGGACACAUACAGAACGGUACAGUAAACAUGGAGACAUGAUGCACCAGUACGCUCACUGCUUGAGAGACAACAUCCAGCGAGACCACCCCACCAUCAGGAACCUUGCAGUACACAUGGACGUUUGGUGUUCGCUGAACCGCAGGUUCCAGCAACGUAUGUUUGAUCCCCGGGCGGACCUGUUGUCGGUCAGCUGGUCCCCAUUCCGACCCAUAUCCUGGCUCAUGCCAUUGCUCACAGAAUUUAACCCCUGGCGGCAACGGAUCACCCAGCUAGAAGAGCAGGUGUACUCUUGGUCCAACCAUACUGACGUCCUCUUCGUGGCUGAUUUCCCAGGUCUGCAUCUAGAAAACUACAUCCACGAAGACCUCACCAACGUAAGCCUGACUGUGCUAGAGGGUGAGGUGGUGGUUGAGUAUGAAAAUAGGCCAAACAAAACGGUUAGUCCGGGAGAGAGCACUCUCAUUCCUACCAAGAUGUUCCACAAAGUACACACCGUUUCCCCCUCGCCAUCUUGCUACAUGUACGUCUACACUAACCAGACACUGCUCAACUCCGAUACCCAAGCAGAACCUGACAAGGCUGGCACUCAGAAGAGCUUUGCGUUUUUACAAGAAACGAGACGCCGAUGGAUUAAUUUCCUGCAAAGUUUCAACCUGAUUGGAAAUGCUCUAUUGAAGAUUAUGUACUCUGUUCCAAUGAAUAUUAGAGUCAGACAAUACUAAUGGUUAAGUAAUGCUUAACUAGGAAGUAUUUGUUAGUUAUUUUGCUUGUAAAUUUUGUGACUGAAUGAAUUCCAACACUAACUUGGUCACAACAGCUGCAAAGCAGGGCCGUACUAAGCUUUGGCAGGCCCUGUUAUGUCCCACUACUACAUUGUCCUUCGACACGUCCAUUCAAAUAGACGUAUGGCUGAGCCUCAGUAAAAUUUUCCGAAAAAACCAGUCUGAGUACGAGCCUACUGCAAAGACUAACCAUUUUUAUUUCUUGUUUUUUUCCACUUCUUGUUAAAGUUUUACGUUUUUCAAUGAUUCUAUAAUUGAGCAUUGAUGGGAUGAAUGAGAAUGUAUGGGUACAUCCCUGUAAUUCUUGUUUCACCAACCAAAAGAUAAUUAUUUUCAUCAAACCACUCAUAAGUGUCUGCUGACUCAAAAGGCCAAGCUGAAGAUUGCUUGAUAUUUUACACUAAAUUUUACACUAGAUCUAUAUUAUAUCAAGCACUGUACAACCAAUUUGUUGAUAAUUCAUAGCAGUAAUUUAACAGCAGUCAGGUGUGAUAUAUGUUUACCAUAUUGCCAAAAUAACUGACCAGUUUGCACUCACUCAGAUACACAAUAAAGAGUGUUACAAAACACGUAAUUUCCAUUAGUUACUGUUACAAAAGAGUUUACAAUUAAAUACAAUGUAUUAACAAGUAGUAGUAAGAGGAAGCAAGACGGACGUAAUUUCCACUCCCUCCAUCUCAUGAAUUCUUCUAUGGGUGGUAAAAUGUGUGGUCAUGUAGCCAUCUGGUGAUUCUACUCCUCAGUACUCAGCACUACUGAACUGCGUCUUUGAUCGUAUUAGUUUUACAGCAACAAUCAAGAGCUAGUUAACUGAUGUCGACAGGAUUAUUUUGUUUAGUUCUAAGGUCUAGUGUAAGGGCUGUGUCAUGUAACUUUGUUACCAUUCAAGUAUUUAUUACCUGAGCCACCUGAGUCUCAUUCCACAGAGGGCAUUCUGAGUGCUCCGUUUUCCAUGUCUUCCUUAACCCUUUAUUUAUUUUCACUUGUCUUCUUGUGCAACCUGUUUCCCAUCCUCUUCAUGAUGUCUAAACCCAAUCAACUCAUCCACUCCCUUAAUCUUUUCCAACAGUAGUUCUUCCCAAGUUCCACAUUUAAUAAGUUCAUUACUUAUUCUGUACAUUCUAGUCAAUAUAAUUAUUUAAAAUAAUUAAAUUAGACCAAAAUAUACUCUGAAAAAUCCUUUAAAUCUUAACGAUCUCAGAGACUAAGUGGUGGCAGAGAAUUUUAAUCUGCCAGUGGUUGUAUGGAUUCUACAAUGCCAGUAUUUUUUACUGUUCUUCUGAAUAUGGCAUUUAAAAUUGUUCUGUAUUAUAGUAACAAAUAAAUUGUUGUACUGUCACUAAUUUUUACACAACAUUGUUGUUUAGUCUUAUAUAAGUAAAAAUGUUUAAUUGUACUAUAUUGUAACUUUGCCCCUGUAUUAAAGACUCAUUUCAAUUAUUCCUGAAACUCGUUUAUGUUAGUCACCCUAGCUAGUACUGACUCUCAAGAAGAAAUCACUCAAAUUCACAAAUUCUCAGAUGAUAUUUCACCCUGAAAUUGGUGACUUCCAAUUUAUUUAAUUGUUGUUAGUUGUCUGACAAUAUAACUACGCCACAUGUGUUGCGUAACAGGCUUGGCUGAGGUUGCAUGCAACAUUUCAAACCUAUAGCUCAUUUCAUUCUUGAGAUGUCCUGCAGACAAAUAGACAGACCUACAAACGUGCAAAAAAUUAAUUUUUUUUACCCUUUGGCAGAUAAAAGUGAAAUUGUGUCGGUCUGAUGAGUAAUAGUGAUAGGUUUCAACAACACUCCGCCAAAUUUCGUGGCUUGAUACAAACCACCACAUAACUUAUUUUUGUCAACUAUAGAAAUGAAGUAUCAUAAAAAAAUUUACAUGUCAAAAUCUCAUAUGAUUGUACUCAAUUUGUGUACACUUUUAUCUAUUCUGCUAUUUCCCGUUGUCAUCAUAGUUACCAAUGUAAAAGUAUAUGAUAAUGCUCAACCGAAUCCCAUGUUGUGCAAUGCACCAUCAUCGAACUCAGCGUUGCCUAUAUAGAAGUGAAGCUUUCAAAAUUUUAAGUCUAUUGGUCAUUUCGGUUAUACAUUGUCAAAUUAUUGUGUGAAUAGACAGGCAAAUAAGGAAUUUGUCCAGUCUCUUGAGUGAUAAGCAUUGCUAACACUCAGUCCACUAUUUGCUGUUAAAUUCAUCUUACGAUGGUAUACCUAUUUUAUAUGACAAGUUAAAGUAAAAGAAAACAUUUUUUAUUAUUAGGAUUGUUCAAUUGUACUCAUAAGGAGGGUAAGCUUUCAAGUAACAAUUAUUAGAAUAUCAUAAUAAACUUUUUAGAUAUUUUAACUAAUACAAUAUAUACAUCUCUUCUAUGAAUAAGCUGUAUUACAUAAAGUUGUAAAACCAAUUACAUCUUGAUGUUAGAAUUAUAACAUCUUGAAAUAAUAAUUUAUUGAAACCUCUGAAACCAGUCAGUAACGACAAAAGCAUUAAGGAAAUUGAAUUGGAAGAAUCUUCUUGAAAGUAAUUAUUUCCAAUGCACCAAACAGAUAAUGUACUAACGAAGACUUAUUGAAGUAGUAGUUCUGAAUUAUUGAAGACUGUUAUUGUAUCAUAGUAAUAAAUAUAUCUGAGAACUUGUAGUGCUUUAAAUGUUUUUAAUCAGUAUUAUACUUAAUAGUUAAUUUAUAGUAUAGUUAUUUUAUCAUAAAUUAACACUUACAAUGAUAAUUUAAUAGAGGUUUUAGGUAUGGGAAAGUAUAUUAAGCAUAAAGUAUACCCGUAGUAAGAAAGCUCAAAAUAAUAUAUCAGUGUUAUUUUUUGAAACGUUUUACUUGUUAAUCGUAUUCUAUAAUCAAUAAAGUUAUGUU